UUUCCGGCAAGCCGGAAUUUACCGAACUUUUUUGGUUAUCUCCCCGUGGUCACGUCAACGCCAUCUUAAAAUUAUUGAGAGAGAUGCCAAUGCACAGAGAUAAAGCAGAUAUGAACCGAAACAAUUCAAAUGAAGCUGGAAAAUUGUUUAUUGGAGGAUUGAGUUGGGAUACAGAUCAAGAUAGUUUAUUAAACUACUUCAGUCAGUUUGGAGAAGUAUGUGACUGUGUCGUAAUGAAAAAUCCUCAGACUGGUAAAUCACGAGGCUUUGGAUUCGUCACAUUUAAAGAUCCAAAUUGUGUGGACACAGUUCUCUCAACUCAACAUUCCAUAGAUGGAAGACAGGUGGGUGUUGAAUCAAAUAAGGUUGAUGCCAAGGCUUGCAAUCCAAAAGGAGCUCAAAAGUCUUUUCAACAGGCACCAAGAACUAACAAAAACUUAGACAACCAUCCAAAGAUAUUCAUGGGAGGUCUACCAAAUGUGGAUGCUGAGUAUCUGACAAACUACUUCAGUAAAUAUGGAAAGGUGCUUGAUGUCAACGUUGUGGUAGAUCAAGAAACCAAAAAAUCAAAAGGAUUUGGAUUUUUGACAUUUGAGUCAGAAGAUAGCGUAGACGCCGUGUGCAGUGAGCACUAUGUGGUUAUCAGUAAUAAGAAGGUUGAAUGUAAAAGAGCAGAACCCAGGAAUGGAAAACAACAUCAAGAGGCUAUUACAGCUAUUCAACAGAUGAUAACUGGAGUUGGUACCACACCCACACCAGAGACCUGGCAGGAAGCUGCUACACAGUGGACCCAACAACAGCAACAGGCCCAACAACAAGGUGGACCACCAGGAUAUGGACCUAAUGGUGGAGGAUAUCAACAAGGAUAUGGGGGGCCUCCACAAGGACCACCUCACCAGCAACCAUAUGGACAGGCCCCUGGGUACCAAGGUUAUGGUCAGCCACAAGGAGGUCCUGGCUGGGGUCAACAACCUCAGCAAGGAGGAUGGCCCCCUCAGAAUCCCCCUACAGUGGCAGCAGCACCGACCCAACCACCUGCCCCUGUUCAGAGUUCCGUUGGUUAUCAAGGAUACCAGCAACAGAGUUAUCAGCAGGGAGGUGCUAAUCCAUAUGGUUCAUGGCCAGCUACAUCACAACCUGGUCAUCCAUCUGCAGGAGGACAGCAAGGGGCACCAGGACAGCCACCAUCAAGUCAGGCACCAUAUGGUGGAGGAUAUGGACAAGCACCAGCAGGUGCACCAUCAUCUCAGGCAUACUCAGCCCCUGGGGGACAGGCACCACACCCUACAUCUCCCCAGACUGGGGCACCUCCAAGACAUUAUGGAGAUUAUAGUUCUCCACAGCCAGGUCAGCCAGCUUCAGCUCCUGGGGCCCCAGGCUACAGUAGUUAUGGUUCAUACGGUGGACCACAGGCACCAGGGGCAGACCCUUAUGGCCAGCCCCAACCAGGGUCACAACCCCCUCAUGGUUCAGCACCAGGAUAUGGACAUCCUGCUGGUGGCCCUCCUUCAGAUCCAGGACAACCUAAGCCUGCUGAUUAUAGUGGAUAUGGGUCUUCUUAUGGGGGAUAUGGUGAUGCAGGAAAUUAUGGAGCACCACAGUCUGCCCCAGGAUACGGACCUCCAGCCGGUGACAACCCUCACGGAGGAUACGGCAGCCCACCAGGGGGUGGAUACCAGAGAUCAGGACCACCAUCAUCAGCUCCAUCAUACCAUCCAUACAGACGAUAAUCUCAAUAAAACAAUCAAUGUUGUAAAUAAUCUUUUAUCAUUGUCUGCAUCAGACUUUUUAUUAUCAUGGUUGGACAUGAAAGUCAAAUUUUCAUUAAAUCAAAAUGUCAUAGACGUUUAUCAUUACAGAUGGUUUUAAACAGUUUUAAAAUCACUGGUUAGUGUUAUUGUUAAUGUUGCACACAAUAUAGAAUGUCACAUGCGUUCUAUAGAAAGUGAUUGACAAACAUCAUAAUGUUAGCAAAUGUAUAUGGGAAUUUCAUUGUAUUGCCAUAGGUAUUCGUAAUAUUCUUUUAAUUGACAUCCAACAUAAAUUGGCAGCUACGUUUUAAAGAAAGAAUUUGAUUGAAAAGUACUCCUCUUUUUACAAUAGUAUCAUAUUUUUUUAGAGUAUGAAUGCACAUUUUUCUUGCAAUAAUUGAACACAGAAAGUAUAGGAAAUAUGAUUCAACAUCAUUGGUUUUGCACAGAUAUGCCAAAUAUUAAGUAACCGUUAAGACACAGAUUUCUGUUCUUCAAUCCCACUGUUGGUGGAAUCAUUUGAUAAAAGAAUGUUAUAUUAUAACUGAGAACAUUCAAAUAUUUACUUGUCAUGGAUCUUAAAAUGUCAAUUGUUUUAUUAAGAUGUUCAAAUAUGGAUGACUUGGCGUAAUAAAAUUAUUAACCUUUA